AUGCCUACUGCGUGCAGUUCAUCUUUAUCGGUGGCCGCCUCCUCCCUUGCUCUCAGGCUCAUCUUCGAGGCUGGGGGGCCUGUUUUCUUCUCAGAAAUCGCUGAGGUUGUUGGCUCCCAUUUGGGAAUAUUCUUAGAAGUGGAUACGAAUUUGAGUGGAUCAUGUUGGGGUUCACACAUGCGGAUUAGGGCUAAGUUGAAUGUAUCCAAACCUUUGGUCGCAACGAUGGACCUGCAAUUAGGAUCCAUGGGGGGUACGGUGGAGGUUGAAUUUAAAUACAAAAGAUUACCGGAAUACUGUACGUGGUGCGGACAUCUCGACCUGGAUUUAAGUACUGCAAUAUGGAUGUCCCUCCAGUAUUAA